AUGUGCGGCAGCGGCAAGGAGGGGGAGGGCCGCACAUGCGCCGUGAGGCCGGGCGCGUCUCCCAGCAACGGAGCCGCGGUAAACAAGCUUGGCCCUAGCAACGCGGCCUGCUCUUCUCCCUUCUCCCUGUGUCUGCAGAUAGAGCGUGCACUUUCUGUUUUUGUUGUAAACAACUGGAACAAGAAGCCACGAUGCCGCCAAAGCAAAGAAGGAAACAAAUGUAUGGCUGGAGUUAAACAAAUGCAGUCCUCCAUUAUGAGUUCGGCUAAGGGUCAAAGACUUACCAGAUCUGAAGAAAAACUCCUCAGACAAGAGGAGGAGAGGAAACGCUUGGAAGAGGAGGAAAUAAGGCUGGCAGCUGAACGUGUGGAGCGAGAGAGACUUGAGAAACUGAGACUUGAAGAAGAAGAGAGGGCAAGAAUUGCAGCAGCGGAUAAAGCACGUAAAGAACUUGAACUACCUGAACUUUACCAGAUUUUGGAAAGAAAUAGACUUACUAUUCAAAAGGUCCACAAAAGCCAGAGAGAAAUGAAGAAGUGGCAACGUUACAUGCGCUGUGAUGGGACUCCUGAUCCAACAAUACCUCAGGAGAUUAAUACUUUCAUAAAUCUUUCAAAGGAGAAUCCAAAUACAGAUAUAAAAACUUUGCUUGAAGGAGGGAGAGUAAUAUUACAGCUUUUGGAUGAAUUGGAAAUGGUAUUACGUGACACUCCACCUGAUGAGUUGCCGGAGGGAAUUUCAGAUCAGUAUCAACAGACCAUUUGGGAUCUUCAGGAACUUCUUUCCAAUAUAAAUGAUAAAGCAACUGAUAUCCUCCUAAAGAAAGCCAUUGAUCUUGUUGACAUUGAGACUGGAAAUAUGCAAGAAGUGGUUACUGAUGAGAACGUCACUCUCUGUUUGUGGGCAAACUUCAACAAAAAUCCCAGGUUUAAAGGCUACGCAUUUGUCAAUUACCAUUUGGAAUUUGAACUCCCUAAACCAUUGGCAAUGAGUGAUAUAGCUGUGCGGAUCUUACAUACGGAUUAUGAUCACAUAUCUUGCCACAGCCAUGCAUUUAAUGCUCAUCAGAGAGCUUUUAAAACUAAACUUGUUGCAGUUGAAAUUAGGCAGGAUAUGCACGAGGAUAUGGAGGUACAGGGAGAGGGAGAGGAAUACCAAACUAUUGAAGAUCAGAAAAUACCUGAAGAACAAAAAGUUAAUGAAGAACAAAAAACGUCUGAAGAGCAACAGACUCUUGAAAGCAAACCAUUACCUGAUGAAGAAAUAAAGCCUAUUCGACUAACAAGAUCAAGGAGUGCAAUAAGUAGCGGAUCCAGGGAGGAAAUGGAAUUAAGAAGCAGAUCAUCAAGCAGGGAACGAGUUGUCGAAGAUGUUGAUGCAAAGUUACCAAGUAUAGAACUCGUUUCAGAAAAGGUAUCAUAUGAGACCAUCGAUAUGAGUAUUGUUGACUUUAAUCAGUACACACCACUGGGAGGAGUUUAUUAUUUUGACAUACUGAAGUUGCCACCUCAGCCCAAGUUUGUUAAAGGGUGGAGAAUCGUCCAGCUGAAGGAUACAGGAUUGAUGUCAGCUCCCUAUCCACCAGAGUCAAACAAGGAAGACAGUCCCACCCCAGAUGAAAAGGAAGGUGAAAGCCGUAAUGCACCACCCGCAGGAAUCACACUCAAACUCCCUUCAAAAGCACUGUUCUUUGAACAGCCUAAGCCUGCUCGAUGGGACCAAACAGGUAAUCAAUGGAAGACAGAUGGCAUUCACAGCAUCACAUUUGAGCCAGAGGAACAGAUACUGUCCUUUAAGAUGGACACAUUCAACAUUUUCACUCUGAUCCAGAGAUAUUAUGUCAAUAUGCCUUUCCAAUCUUGGAUACUUAAACCUGUGGCAGAAAAUGAAGCUAUUUUAACUGUCCAUGCUGCCUUUACCAAAGUAGAAAUUCGAAUGAAGGACUUGUGCCAAUUGUGUCCUGUUCCCGUGGAAGAUAAUCUCUCUCACUUAAGAGGAAAGUGGAUGACUGCUUCAACUCUAAUUGUUUCAAUGAUAAAUGCAGGAUUGAACAUUUUUCCCAGAACUAAUUCGGAGAAUUAUGUUAAGAUAAAUGAAAAGAACAAGAUGGUGACACAGAACACAUACAUGGAGAUGGCCCUGGUGAGCUCUGCAAUAGCUUUUAGAUCCAGUAAUUGGAACAUGUCCACCGAACCUGAUGAAAUAUUGCUUCAGGCUUGUGAAAGUUUGACUGGCGAGAUGAUACCAGAGGACGACUGGUCUCUCUACAUGUUACGCCCAGAGAGGUGUCACAAGCUGAAGAUGAAGGAAUCCAGUGAAGAGCUGUCAAAUGAAAUAGCUGAAAAUACUGAUUUUUACUCCAACUUGUACCACAUGAUGAGGGGCUUAGCCAGUGAUGCUGCAAAGGAGAGGAUUCUAAACACUGACCAUCUCUUCCUUGGUUCCGUGCAAGAAAUUCUAGAAGCUACGAAGCUGCUCACACACACAGUGCAGGUCAACUGAAGACUUUAUUGAACAUGAUUUCCACAAGAACAUCUAAAAUUAUUAA